CAUUUAAGUGUGAAGAUUGAAACCGAGAAGAUCAGUUCAAGACUAAACCAUCAAAAAAAAAAAUAAAAUGAAUACUAGAAACUAUUUGCAAAUAUUCUUAGUGCUUGCAAUAGCAUUACCCGCUUGCUUUGCGAUCACCGUACAACCGCGUAGUUCAUGGGGUGCUGUAGCAGCUCGUUCUCCCUCUCGCAUUAGAGGCAAGGUGGACUAUGUCAUCAUACAUCAUUCGGAUAAUCCUGGUGGCUGCAGCAGUGCACAACAAUGCAAGACUAUGAUUAAGAAUAUUCAAUCGGAUCAUAAGAACAGACGUAGCUUUAGCGAUAUUGGCUACAAUUUCAUCAUUGCUGGAGAUGGUAAUGUUUAUGAAGGCAGAGGCUAUGGUUUGCAAGGCUCCCAUGCACCAGGAUAUAAUCGCAAUAGUAUUGGCAUUGUAUUUAUUGGUUCUUUUGAAAACACUGCACCUUCCGCUCAAAUGUUGCAAAAUGCUAAGGAUCUCAUUGCUCAAUCAGUGCAGCAAGGUUACUUAAAAGAGGAUUACACACUGUUGGGACAUAGACAAACCAAAGCAACCGCUUGUCCAGGUGAUAAAUUAUAUACUGAAAUCAAGACAUGGCCACAUUGGAAAAACAUCUAAGAUAUUUUCUAAUUAAAUGUUAGGUUCAUUAGAUUCAAAAGAUCAAAUUAUGAAUUAAGAAAGGCUGAUAAGAAUUUUUAUAGAUUAUAGUAUUAAUAAAUAAAAAUUGUAAAUUGCAAUUAAUGAAAUUAAAAUGAAAUUAAAACGUCAAAAUAAAUUUAAA